GAUAAAGACUCGCCAUUGUUCCUCUUUUCUCGACGACGUGUCCGCCAAUAUGGUCUAAAAAAAAGUCAUUAGCUAAUCUUCGUUCCAGCAUUCAGAAAUCAAGUGGGAAAAUGUCCGCGAGACCGGAGGAACUUUGCGGAGUGAAGGAGGAGCCCCCAUGUCACCGACACUCGACUGUGUGCAAAUUAAUGCACGCUAAGGUUGUUCUUCACAGACUAGAAGAUCUAUACGUCAGCCAAGCCCGUUAUUCUGAGCACCUGGAGUCUGCAUGCAUCAAGGACGAGGAAGAAGAGUGGUCAUCCAUUCAGGAAGCGUUCAUACACAUGAAAGGUUUCAGAAAAUAUCUUGGUGCUGAGCGGCAGGAGGCAGCAUGUCCUGGCGUUGAGCUCCCCCAAAUCAAAGAGGAGGAGGAGCCAGAGCCCUGUCAACAGAAGCAACUUCCAAUCAAAAAGGAGGAAGAAGAGCUGCCAUACGUUAAAGAGGAGGAAGAGGAGGAGCAUAUCACCAGGUCAAAUGGUGAGCCCUUGAAGAGUGAAGAUGGUCAGAGUGAGGUCAGCAGAGGAGCGGAGUCUCUAGGUGGCAGCAGCUCAACAGAAGAAUUGCAAGCAGACAAUUUCAUCGCUCCAUCAGACAGAAAUGGCGCCACGUCACACUCACCUUACAAUGAGGAUGGUCAUAAGAAAUCUCACAGUGACAACAAACUCUGCAAAUGCUCUCAGUGUGGGAAAACCUUUGCUAAUAAGUAUACUUGUCGUAGGCAUAUGAGGAGCCACACUGGAGAAAAACUUUUUUCCUGCUCAGUUUGUGGUCAAAGAUUCACUCAGAAGGAAAACUUAAAAACACACAUAAGAACCCAUACUGGCGAAAAACCUUUUUCCUGCUCAGUUUGUGGUCAAGGAUUCUCUCGUAAGCAAAACUUAAAAACACACAUAAGAACCCAUAAUGGCGAAAAACCUUUUCCCUGCUCAGUUUGUGGUCAAAGAUUCACUCAGAAGGAAAACUUAAAACUACACACAAGAACACACACUGGUGAAAAACCUUUUUCCUGCUCAGUUUGUUGUCAAGGAUUCUCUCAAAAGCAAAACCUACAACGUCACAAAAGAAGACACACUGGCGAAAAACCUUUUCCCUGCUCAGUUUGUGGUCAAGGAUUCUCUCUAAAGCAAAACUUACAACGUCACGAAAGAAGACACACUGGCGAAAAACCUUUUCCCUGCUCAGUUUGUGGUCAAAGAUUCACUCUGAAGGAACACUUAAAACUACACACAAGAACACACACUGGUGAAAAAACUUUUUCCUGCUCAGUUUGUAAUCAAAGAUUCACUCACAAGGAAAGCUUGAAAAUACACACAAGUACCCACACUGGCGAAAAACCUUUUUCCUGCUCAGUUUGUGGUCAAAGAUUCACUCAGAAGGAAAACUUAAAAACACACUUAAGAACCCAUACUGGCGAAAAACCUUUUUCCUGCUCAGUUUGUGGUCAAGGAUUCUCUCAAAAGCAAACCUUAAAAAUACACAUAAGAACCCAUACUGGCGAAAAACUUUUUCCCUGCUCAGUUUGUGAUCAAAGAUUCACUCACAAGGAAAGCUUGACAAUCCACACAAGCACCCACACUGGCGAAAAACCUUUUUCCUGCUCAGUUUGUGGUCAAAGAUUCACUCACAAGGAAAACUUAAAAACACACAUAAGAACCCAUACUGGCGAAAAACCUUUUUCCUGCUCAGUUUGUUGUCAAGGAUUCUCUCAAAAGCAAAACUUAAAAACACACAUAAGAACCCAUACUGGCGAAAAACCUUUUUCCUGCUCAGUUUGUGGUCAAGGAUUCUCUCGUAAGCAAAACUUAAAAACACACACAAGAACCCAUAAUGGCGAAAAACCUUUUCCCUGCUCAGUUUGUGGUCAAAGAUUCAUUCAAAAAAAUAGCUUGAAAAUACAUACAAGAGCCCACACUGGCGAAAAACCUUUUUCCUGCUCAGUUUGUGGUCAAGCGUUCGCCCAUAAAAAAACCUUAAAACACCACACAAGAUCACACAGUGCUGAAAACCCUUUUUCUUGCGCAGUUUGUGGUCAAGGAUUCGCUCAGAAGGAUCGGAUGAAGCGACACGUGUGUGUUGGUAUUAGAAGCAGUGGCCAAUGACUGUUUUGCCAGUCAUCCAUGCUGGCUUCUUCAGAUUUUGCACGCAGGUUAGAUUAGGAGUUACAUUCGUAUUCGUGGCAUUUUUGUGAAAGCAUUUUUGUUUGGACUUGCCGUUUUUUUAUUACCUCUUCUGGCCAUGAAAGCCUUGCCCUUGGUUCUCUCGCCGACUCGGUUCAUGCCUCUUUUUAUUUGUAUUUUCCCUCACGUGUUCUGGCGUGCUCCCUUGUUUUUCCAAAUA